GACUUUUGAGACUUCAGCGGACAUGGAGAUGGGGACCGUCGGAUUUUGCACUUCAGCUGAAAGGACCGCAACUGUUGCAGGUUUUUGCACCCCUCCGUCUCCUCGUGCUUCGUAUUUUUCCCUUCCCACACGAAGCUUUCGUUUCCAAGGCAUACACUCAAACCUCCAGCAACAACAAUCUGACUGUAAUGUGCGAGGUUUUGAUUCAAAUUGCACUACCACAGCAGCUGUUUCUUGAAUGUGGUCUCAGCGUUUGCAGCAGGAAAUGCCCAAGUUAUGGAAAACGAAGUGCAUUAUGGUCCUGCUGGACUGUACAUUUCUGGUGGGGUUCUUUGCGGUUCUUUGUUGUGAGAUUGGAUACACUAUCUUACUCUUUCUUUCUUUAAUCUAGAAGCUUGAAUUUCUGUAGCAUAAUUUGACCAUCCGCAUCUUGUGUUGGAGAUUCGAUAAUGGUUUAAAAGAUUUUUCAAGUUGCUCUUGGGUAGUUUUUUCACUCGCUUCAGUAAGAAAUUAUUGUCCUCCAUGCGCUGAAUUUCCUAGAACCAGGAAAUUUUAGUUGGAUGGUUUCUGCAUGUGCGACAGAGGUCUCAGGACCAAUGUGAAUGGUCGUCUGGAAGCUCUUCUAUAUAUCUGCACUUCUUGAUUCACAUUGGAUUAUUUCAGCGGUCAUUUGUCGCAGUUGAAGUUCGUUAUUGUUGUAAGUUUUCGUACAUCAACUGUCGACAGUUUACAAUAACCUACGAAAGAUGGCACUGCAAUCUUAGUGAGUUUUGCAAGUAAUAGUCUGUGCUCUCUCUGCGAGCUAGUCUUGCUGGAGCUAUUGUUUACAGUACAAUGGAGUAUGUAGGCUAGGUCAUUAUCAACUAUUUCAUAGUUGCCAAUGUGAAGAGGUCUAUUAUUUGAGCCUAGCUUCAAAAGAUUGAGUGAGAAGCAGUUGAUGCUAUUUAGUCUGGAUUUUGUAAUCUGGUACACUUUAUUUUGAAUCGUGACGUUGAUUUGAGCUGAGAGAAGUCCUUCGAUUUCAGUGGAGUGGGUGAGCCACAAGGUACACAUAGAUCCUGUGAAGUUAGAUUUUCAGACGCCCAGAUUGUUAUGCUAGUGAAGCAGUAAGCGCUUUAGUGACGUUUUUUCUUAGUGGAAUUUAAAAGUGAGACGUACAAGAACAUAUUCUUGGAUAUGAUUGCCGUGGGUAGUUCACAAAAAUUGUUGGGGACAGACUACCAAGUGACCAUUAUUCCUAUAGAUUUAAUCCUGAGCUCACUUACUCAUGGGUCUCAAAUCAAGUCAAGGAUGGCUUAGCUUGAAAUCAAGAAUCUGGGAGGACUGACAAAGAAUGUAGCAGUAAAAUGAAAGAUUUUGUCAUUUGCAGUAGAUGGAGCUGUUCAAUACUGAAAAAGAGUACGUAUAUGUUUUAUGUUGGGUAUUCAUAAUUGAGGGACGGGAUGCAUGUGUCUCACAUCGUAGGUACGAUGUCGACAAUGCAGUACAGUGAGACAUAUCAAGGUGGAGUCCUUGUUUCUGUGUUGUCGAUAGCGACCCAAAAGAAAAACAAGAAAAAGAUAUAUGCAUUGAUGUUUCAGCCCAUGAAAGCGUUCAGUAUUGCUGUUGCAUAGUACAUAUGGAGAAGGACGAUUUUACCCGUCCAAAAUCUGACUUUUUAAUAGUCUUUCAUUUUUCGGUGCCAAAACAAAUUAUUCUCUCUUCGUGUUCAUUCUACCUACGCCGACUUAUACAAGAACAUCAGAAGAACCUGCACUCCUGUUCUCGAAUGAUAUGUUAACUGGAUUUUGAGGUUCUAUCAUGUUUCUUUCUUUGCCCCUUCGUAUGAUUUCCAUCUUGUUAGUAGCAUUACACUUCGCUAUUGUUUAUAAACUCAGAAGUUCUAUCUGGUCGGUAAUAUGCUUGCUACAACAGCCACUUGUGUCAUGACAUGGAAGACUUAAUUGUAUUGAAAGUAUCUGAAGAUAUCCUUCGCUGCUUAACGUCACGGUGAGAAAGGGGUACUGAAACUGUGGUUCAUCAUGUAUAUUUAUCUGGCCAUAUGCUCGCUGCAUUUUGUUUCAGAGUAAUCAGUGAUACAAGAGAGGGAAAAUGGCUAUCAAUAAUCUUUUGCCUUAAUCACCAGCUCUGAGGCCGAGGAAUCGCAAAAAGUUUGUUUUAUUUGAUGAUCUUAACUGGUAUUAUUUCUUACUCUAGUCUCUCUUGGAAAUUGCUUUCCUUCGAUUCUCUCUUGAAAUUUGUCAUCCCUCCAGGUAUUCAAUGUUUUAAUCCAACUAUUGUGACCACCUCAACCGGCCUUGGUUUUGGGGCUUAUGGUCAAAGAUCAAUGUUAUAUUUUUGAUUUUCGCCAUCUCCAGAAUACCUACAGUGUGGCUGAAGAUCAUGAUACUGUCGAGUAUGGCUCAUUCAUGUUGAUAGAUGAUGGUCUGUAGCAAAAUGUCUGCUGAGAGUGUCAGCCACCAAUACCAUCAGAAUAGCUAGUGACUUGGUAAAACACGGAACGGUGAAGAGUGUUGCCCUAAUGUACGAACACUGAUAUGUAAUUGAAUUGGGAGGUUGAGUUUGAGUUUUGUUUAACAGGGUAUCAGUUUCCCACACAAUUGACAGUAGAACACCCAAUCACCUUUCGAGAUUGGGAAUUCAGAGUGCAAAUUAUUCAAGUCGCAGAGCACAAGAAGCUCAGAAUCUGGAUUGAGAAAGAUAGAAUCAAAAGGCCGUCUUGCAGACAUGACAGGCUACGAAUCUCCGGAAAGGAAACUUGAUUAUGAGAAUUUUCUCUUUAGUCAUGAACAGCUUCCAAGUUCAUAUGAUGUUACGGGUGGACCCAAAGAUCAAGAGAGAGCUUUUUACGGGACUGUCGAAGCGUGCAAUAAUGAAAGAGUAAUGCAUGGUAUGUCGCCAGAUCCGCAAAUUGGAUCCAACAAAGGCAGCAGUGGCGAAACAAAUUACCUUACAGUUCGAAGACGGCAACCAUCGGGACGAUAUCCGAUGCGAUCUUCUGCUCAAGUGGGUUUGAGGAAUGAGGACUUCCGACAAGAGAGUGAAAAUGCUUGUUCAGAGAGAUCCAGAAGUCUUGAUAGAGCGAGUAGUUUCUGUCUAGCAACUGAGAGCAAAAAUGAAGAUAACGAACCGUUAGGUGCUGCAAGCAAAAAGAUCAUGGGAUUCGAUGGAAACGACCAAGUAACGGACGAGCCACUCCUUGAAAAAUUGACCAAUACAAGAGACACUUCUAGAGAAGAUUGCUCUGGUCCCUCACUGUCUUUAGACGACAAGAAGUAUGUCUCAUCAAUGGACAUUUCAGAAGUAGAACAUUCAAGUCUUUCGUCAAGCGUGAAUGGUAGGAAGUUCGCGAUAACAACAAUUGAAGUUCCAAAUUCCAACCCUGAGAAUCAGCUGAAGGAAAUGACUACCCAACAGAAAAAAAGAAUUUUGCUCAACUCAAGUAGCGACAGAUAUUGUUCUGACGUGAAUCCAGUGAAGAAAAGUCAUCUUUACGGGAGUCCAGAACGGUGUGGGCUUUCGGUGAUGCAAAUUCUAGAUCCUAGAGAAGAAGAACAGAGAUCGAAUGUUCACUCGAGUGGACUUCCAAGAAGCACAUCAAAUAGGGACUCAAUUGGCGGAGAGAGCACAUUGUAUAGAUCUGCGAGCAUUUGGAUUCCUGUAGGGGUCCAAAUUGAUGGAAAGAGAAAAUCUUGUGAUGGUGGAAGCUAUGAGAUCAAUGAAAGGGAUGAAAGCAACCGGAAUUCGUUUGGAAAUGUCGAGGAGGAAGACCACAAGCUUUCAUAUGCUCAAACUGGGAAGGAGUCACAGAGGCCUAGUCAGGUGAAUGUAGAUUAUGUUCAGCCUUCUUUGGCAUCAGAAUCUAGAUUUCUGAACGAUCCCAAUAAAAUCAACGAAGCGGCGUAUUACGAUUACGACAACAAAGACGCCCAGUCCUCAAUAGCAUACGAACUUGUGGAACUCCCCUCACCAACUGUAAAUGUUGAGCUGAAGAGAAAGGUUGAGGAGCUGGAAAGACUUGUGGCAGACGAACGGAAGAAGUUUCAAGUGGUCACAGAGCGAUUGGCGGAACAGCAGAUUGAGGCUGAGAAGAAUUCGCUGCAGAUGCAGGACGAUUGGGAGGGGAGGAUCCGUGAACUCCAGAAGGAGAAAUAUUCUGGGUCCAUACGCCUUCAGUCGACAGAGACUGCGCACCUGGCAUCCCUCUUACCAUGGAGAGAAUCACAAGCACAACCUACUCAGAGUAUAUUGCAAACAGCUCAGAAAGUGAAGCAACCUGCAAAUGGUAGUGCACCUCAACGUCGUGUUUCUAUCCAUCGCUACCAUGAAGAUUUUCUGAAGGAGUUGGAGGCCGACCAGGCUAGGGAGAACUCCGGUAGAGCAUCCCAAGUCACAGACCAGGAAGCCAAAAAGCUCAGGCAGGAAAUAUUGCAGCAAGAAAUCCUCAUACGUGGGUAUCAGCGCGAGAAUGAGAAAGCCCUGCAGAAGAUCAAGGAGGUCCAGGCAGAGGCCAAGGAAAAAGUACGCAUUAUGACUGAGGAGAACGUCAAACUGAAGAAUGAGUUGGUACAUUGUCAACACCGUUGUAUGGCCGCUGGGCAUCAAGCUGCAACGAAACUCUCUUUGCAUGAAGCUAUGGACCGGGAGUUGCAACUGAAGGAGAUUUCAAGGUUGAAAGAUGAGCUUGUUAAGGCGCACGCUGAUUUGGAGCAAAGAGAAAAGAGGGUGUCUAAGACACUCGAUGACCCAGAGGCUGAAAUAGAAAAACUUAAAAAUAGACUUGCAGAGGAGCGGGAGAGCCAUGCACGCACCACUGCUUCAAGAGAGGGUAUAACGAAGUCACUGGUGGAAAAGCAGCACCUUCUGACCUCCCUGCAGUCCACCCACGACCAGCAGGCAGUCCAAAUUCUGGAGCUUAGCAGCAAGGUUGCACAUUACGAAGGACAGGGAGGCCACCUUAACAAGAUUGUCAAGCAGGAUCGAGAAACCCUCUCUGAGGAUAAGCGGAGUGCUUCAGUUGAUGAUCGAUCAUUAAGACGGGCAAAGAAGCCAGAAAGUGGUCUUAGCGUUGCAAAUUUUGGUAUAUCCACUCUUGCUGUAACGAAGGAUGAAAGUGAGAAGAUUCGUAAGCUGCAGAUGCAGAUCGCAGUUUUAAAAAAGCAAAAGCACAAGGAGGAUGAGAGCAACAAACGCCUCAACAUUUUGAAAGACGAACUCGAGAAGUCAAAGCAAGAGUACGAGAAACGUUUGCAGCAUUUGCAGGCCUUUCAUCCAAACAUAGAGCCUGACUUUGGAAAUGAUCAAGUUUCUCAAAGCCGGGUCAAGGCAUUGGAAUCUCAAGUAUCAUCAACAGUUCGCUUUUAUUGUCUGAUGCAAAUUUUCAUUUCUCUCCUUCAUGUUUACCAACUGGUCGUAAACAUUCGUAUCCACAACGCACGGAAAUUAAAAGAGUUGACCGACAAGCUGGCGGAGAGCAAAACUGAGCAGAACAAACUCAAGGUUGCACUGGAAAAUGCCGCACAUUUGAAGAACAUUCCUCCCAAUCGAACUGUUAAGGUGAAAGAGCUGAAGGAUUUAAAGGAGCGAAUAUGUGUACUACAAGAUGUGUUGGACCACAAAGACCACACCAUCGAAAAUCUCCAGCAUAAGCUUGAACUCAGUCAAACUGAAGCCAAUGAUGCAGCUCCAGGUUUUGGUCUUGGUGCUGCCAGUUCCACCACAAUUAAACAGACCGCCAUUCUUUCAAAGACCAAAAAGUUUGCAGAAUGCUCGUACAGGAAGAUCAUCUCUAGGGGAUUAGAUCGGAGAAGCUACAGUGUCCCUCUUGAAAGAGAGAACCGACGGAUUCCAACAAGGAUCAAGAGACUGCCUGAGAAGUUAGAAUCGACCCAGGCGCAGGUCCAAAAAGCCAAUGCGGCUACCGCUACCCCAUACUUACUCGUUUUGAAUGGAAUUUGGGUUGCACAGGUGGAAGUCAUUGCUGGGUGCCAUCGCAAUACGCACAAGCAGACGUCUGCAACAGCUAGUAAAGAGAUUCAUUGCAAAGGACACAUAUUCAGCGAAGUAAAAUCCGGACUUCUGCUUUCUGCUUACGAGAACAGAUUGAGGUUCAUGGAGGUUCAUCAAGCCCAUCGUCCAUAUCUUUUCGAAGACAUUUCUACAUCCGAGCCAGUACUUUCCAGCACUUCUUACCUUGCUGACCACCAAAUGAAUUGCAGAGAGCCCGCGGAAGGGCAAUAGGAGGUGGCUUUUCAAUUGAGGACACGUAAAGAUGAUUGGUUCGAAGUGAAGGAUUUCAACACCGACAAGGUCAAGAUUCAAGCUGUUUGACCGACCUUCAGGACAACAAUUCCUUGACUUUAAUCACUGUGGUUGGUUUUAAAACUUGGUUGGAAUUUUGGGGCAUAGAAUUUAGUCGCAAAGAAUGUUUUUGUGUGCAAAUACCAAAGGCUUGUAAGAAUAUAUGAAGGUUUCAAACUAAAGAACUCUUUCACUGUCACAGUUAA